AUGAGCGAAUCACCCAAAAGCAACUCUUUGAAAAGCAGGCUGUCAAACUCUUCAUUUACCAAUCUUUUUCAUAUGAAUAAGAAGAGGAAAAGGGAUGAAGACAACAGCAGUGAUAAUGACUUUAACUCUCCAGGAAGAGGUCGCAAGGUCAAGAUGAGCCGCUCUCGAAAGAACCGUGAUGCUGAUUUGCAGGAGGAGGAGAAGAAAUUUCAAGUGCGUGAAAAGAAAUACGACUCUGAGUUGCCGGAAGAGCUCAGAAAGUAUAGGCCAAAGGGCUACCGAUUCAACAUCCCACCGAAGGAUAGACCUCUCAGAGUUUACGCAGAUGGUGUAUUUGAUCUCUUUCAUUUGGGUCACAUGAAACAGCUGGAGCAAUGUAAGAAGGCUCUACCAAACGUGAAAUUAAUCUGCGGUAUACCAAGUGAUCGAAUUACGCAUAAACUAAAGGGUUUGACUGUGUUGACCGAUGAACAACGUUGUGAAACUCUUAAACAUUGCAAAUGGGUAGAUGAAGUGAUUCCAAAUGCACCAUGGGUGAUAAAUCCAGAAUUUUUAAAAGAGCAUAAUAUAGACUAUGUUGCCCAUGAUGACAUACCUUACGGAAGUGCCGGCAGCGACGAUAUUUAUAGACCAGUGAAAGAGACAGGCAAGUUUUUGGUCACACAGAGAACUAAUGGGAUUUCCACGAGUGACAUUAUCACAAAAAUCAUAAGAGACUACGAUCAAUAUCUUAUGAGAAAUUUUGCUCGUGGUGCCACCAAAGAAGAACUAAACAUUUCAUGGCUCAAGAAAAAUGAACUAGAUUUCAAGAAACAUAUAAAUGAUUUCAGGUCAUAUUUCAAGAAAAACCAGGUGCACCUAAACAACGCUUCCAAGGAUUUGUACUUUGAAGUCAGGGAAAUUCUGCUUAGAAAGACUCUAGGGAACAAGCUGUACUCUAAACUAGUUGGAGGAGCCCUUGAUGAGAACUUAAAGAAAACACUAGAAAGAGGUAAACGAUUAAUAAGAGAAAAGAGUCCAGCAAGCGAUUUCGCAAGUGAAUUCACGGGUGAGACAACAAAUGUUUCCAGUAUGUCCACUCCGAGUAGUCCAAGCACAUCCAACAGUAGUACUACGGGUGAAGAAGAAAGCCAGUCCAUUAAUAGGGAUAAAAAUAGUGAUGAUAACGACGACAAUGACAAUGAGAACUCGCCCGUUCCUGAAGAAAAUGGUACUAGCUCAGAUGAUGGCGAUGACGACCAACAUGGUGCCAAAGAUAAAUAA